CAACAGCGUAUAUGGGACAAGAACGCUGGAAGGAAAGGCAGGAGAGAGCAGGAGGAGGUCUGCCUAAACUCCGCCUCCGGUCUCGGAUCAUCUCGCAUUCCUUCUUCACGGCCUCUCACGCCGUGGACAGAGAGAGAAAGGGAAAAGGAGAAACACAAGAAGGGCGCACGAAGAAGGAGAAAGAGAAAGAAGACGGGGCGCAGCGAAACGACCAUGGCAGUAUCCACAACGCGUCCGAGCACAGCGCACUCGCACCGCCGCCGAGCAGAGCCCGGAGCACGCAGACGCACAAUAGACAGCCUCUCGAUGAAUGAAAGGAGCUGCGUACCUGGGCCGUGGACACAAUGAGGGUCAUCUUCACCCAAAACGCCGGUUUCGUCGCAGCUUUUUCGCCUUUCUUGUGAUGCUGGCAAGGCGUAGGACGACAGAUGACGUGAACCGACCGCAGUUAGAUCGUGCCAAUUUAUUUAUGUUAUUUUUUCUUCCAUAGGAAAUAGCAUACAAACAUAAUACAGCCAGUAUUUUUUUUUCUUUAAAAAAAAAAACAAAAAACGAAAGGGUGGACAGAUUGCGACAUGCAGCCUGCGGUCGAAAUCUGAACACAGAAUAUGUCUUAUUAGCUACAUUAUUUGGCAUUAUGAUUUAAUAUGUAUGCCUAUUAGUUAUUAUGGCGUGAUCCUUUUAGAUCAGUGCGCUACAUGAGUAAUCGAUUAUUAUACCUAAUAUAUAAGAGGAGAAAUGUUUGUUCACUUUGAUCAAAGCCAAUUGAUCGAUCUAGACAAUCAGUAAAUAUUAAAUUCUAUAUAUGUGAUAACCUCACUUGCUUUAUCGCCUGUAAUUUAUUUAUUUAUUAUUACUAUUAGGUCUUAUAAGUAUAGGCCUAUCGUCGUAUCGAUUAGUUUAAGUUGGUAGUUUAAAAAAAUAUAUAUUUAACAGAGAGAAGAUUGUUCAAGACGCCUCCCUAGAGAAAUGGAGACCGCUUAUUUAUCGCUCCACCGGGGGGCCGCCAGUCCCGAGUCCCGGGGAGGUCAAAGCGCCUCCGUUAAACCGGCGGCGGGUGUCCCCUCCCCUCCACCUCCACUUCCGGCCUCACCCGCCGGUGGCUCACCCGAGGAGACCCCGGCCCAAUGCGAUGGCCGGCGGAGCUCGGGCGUGAAGAAGCACCACCACAAGCACAACCUCAAGCACCGCUACGAGCUCCUGGAGACGCUUGGAAGAGGCACCUACGGCAAGGUCAAGAAGGCCAUUGAGCGGCACUCCGGCAGAGAGGUAGCGAUCAAAUCAAUUCGGAAGGAGAAGAUCAAGGAUGAGCAGGACAUGGUGCACAUCCGCAGAGAGAUUGAAAUCAUGUCAUCCCUCCGCCACCCACACAUCAUCUCUAUAUAUGAAGUGUUCGAGAACAAGGACAAGAUCGUGAUUGUGAUGGAGUACGCCAGUAAGGGGGAGCUGUACGACUACAUCAGCGAGCGGCGGCGCCUGAGCGAGCGGGAGACGAGACACUUCUUCAGACAAAUAGUCUCCGCUGUGCACCACUGCCAUAAGAAUGGAGUGGUGCACAGGGAUCUAAAACUGGAAAAUGUGCUACUGGAUGAAAACUGUAACAUUAAGAUUGCUGAUUUUGGCCUGUCCAACCUCUACCACAAGGACAAGCUGCUGCAAACUUUCUGCGGAAGCCCCCUCUAUGCUUCGCCGGAGAUCGUCAAUGGAAGACCGUACCGUGGGCCGGAGGUGGACAGCUGGGCUCUGGGAGUGCUGCUCUACACCCUGGUCUAUGGAACCAUGCCUUUUGACGGGGGAGACCACAAGAAGCUCAUUCGCCAGAUUAGCAACGGUGAAUACAAAGAGCCCACUCAGUCUUCAGAUGCCCGUGGACUGAUCCGCUGGAUGUUGAUGGUGAACCCCGAGCGGCGAGCCACGGUAGAGGAUAUAGCCAAUCACUGGUGGGUGAACUGGGGCUGGAAGAACAGCGUCUGUGACUGCGAAGCCCAGCGCGACCACGGAGGCUCGCCUAUGUUGGCCCGUUUCAUCGACUGGCAGAGUCGCACCGAGCCACGUAGCGCCGGAGCCAAAGCUGCGGCCGUGCCCCAGAUCUUGCGCCAGAGGCCCAAGAAAUCAAAGAAGGAAAACGUGGAGGCCGGCCAGUCCCAGGAGGGAGCAGAAGACAAGCCGGGUUUGAAGAGACCCAAGGGCAUUUUGAAGACCAGGGUUACAGAGGAGCAAAGGUCCACCGGUGUGGAAGAAGCGGGUCUGAGUCAAGCGGGGUCGCCCCAGCAAGCCGAAGGCGGAGAGGAGGCUUCGAGCCCUGACAGGGAGGAAGAGGAGCCGGUGUUGGCGGGUGGCUCACCGGCUAAGAUGGUACCGUCUCUACCAAAGAAAGGCAUCUUGAAAAACAACCAACAGCGGGAAUCAGGGUACUACUCUUCCCCGGAGCGCAGCGAAUCCUCUGAGCUUUUGGGAGGUGCCAGCAUGUCUCUGUUAGCCACCUCCCCUCCUAAGCGGGCGCUAGGAAGGAAGGGCAUUCUGAAGAGAAACGGCAAGUACUCUACCUACAGCGGGCCCCCCUCGUCCGCAGCGGCGGCAGGGAUGCUGGGCGAGCCUCCUCCGGCGACCGACUCCGGCCUGUCGCGCAGUCAGAGUCGGCCCUCCAGCAUCGUGGGGGAGGACAGCUCCGUCCUGUCGCUGUCCCCGGGUUCCCUCAGCGGAGCCGAGUGGCAUCCCUCCACCCCGCACCUCCGCUCCAACAUCCGGGCUUGCGUCUCGGCCGAAAACCUGCUGCAGCUCGCCAACUUCAAGGGCCUGCAGGCCGCCCAGCCCGUCCAGGGGCCCAAGUUCAGCCGUGGCUCCAAAACGAAAGGCUCCCCGGGGGACAACGGCAGCUUCUCCCUGCUGGGGGAUCUGGAGGACAUGACUCAGGUGUACCAGCAAGCCCUGGACAUCAGCAGCAAUCUCACCUAACGAGCGGGCGGCAGAGCGAGAGGAAGCCGGGAGGUGGGGGGGGGUUUGAUUGUGACUCUGUGAGUGCAAUGAAGCGUGUGCGCAGCAUUAACGACCAGUGUGUUACUGGGAUACGCCUUUAGGAGGCUGGGGCUGGAGUCUUUGCGAGAAAAAAGAAAGAUGUGUGCCUGCGCACGCACACUUGCACACACAGAUGCGCACGUUUAGGUGUGCUUCUCUGGUCAGGGGGAGAUUGGAGUUGUAGGCUUAAUGAACAGGGAAGAGACUGAGCCGGCACAGGAAAGAGAGAGAGAGAGAGAGAGAACGUCACCAGUACGCCGUCCUGGCCCGCCGUAGACUCCGCUGCGUUCAACAUGUUUACAUAUUUAGCGUGAAAGCAAGUUAGAAUCACAAACGCAGCAACCAGAAACUGGUUUGCUCUCCUUUUCGUACACCACCCAUGUCUGAGUUUACAAAAGCACCUUAAAACUCACACAGAGCACAUGUUUUUGUGAUCUUUACUUCCUUUAAAAAGAAGAAACAAACCAGGGUCUUGUUCUGAAUAAGAUAAAAAAAUAUAUAUAUAUAUAUAUCAAUGAUUAUUUAUUGUUAAUAUUUUUUAAGCUUUAGCUGUAGGUGCCAAACUGGUGGGUGGCUGGUUGAUACUGGAAUCUUCUUGUCUCCAACUCUUUGGGUGAAACUGACAUAUAUAAUUAUGCUACUCAGUGAUAAACAUAUUAUUACUCAGCAUAUAUAAACCAUGCUUGUAUCUGUAACACACAGGCAAGCAUACCUUCUUAAAAGUGUAUGUCCUAUGUAUGCGUAUGACACGAGGAAUAUGUAGGAAGUGCCUUUUUUGAUUCAUAAUAACAAUUAUGUAUGUUGUUUCCUUAAAGGAGAAGGAAAUGCCAGACCACCCUGAUACCAGUUUUAUUUUUUUAUUUUCAUUUUUUAAUGUUUGUGAAUGUGGAGAGACGCAGGGGCUUCAGGGCAUGCAUACCCGACUGAGUUUCCUGAUUUUUGGGAUUUUAAAGGUUGAUCUUGUGUAGUAGAGAUCAAACAGCGUGUCUUUCUGCUUUUCUUUCCUUCCGCAUAUAAAAUCACACACAGCUCAGAUGAAAAAGAAAGAGGGGAGAGGGGGAAAAAAAAGCUGUCUCCUUGUUCUUUUUCAGUGUCUGAGUCCACAGUUUGUUUUAGGCAGCAGUGUUGGCUCUACUGAACACACGUUUUGCUGGAAGCACAAGGGUUACGGAGUUGCUCAAUCCGGCGGGACAUUUCCGUGAACGGAGGUUGCGAACGCCCCCUCUGUCUUGGAUAGAGAUGCACUGGUCAGACUUCUUAGGCAGAUUUCCGAUACUAAGAGUAGCUAACGUUGUUUUCUUUUCUCAGCGAGACAUCAUCCACGCCCAAAGGUCCCUGGGUUACCUAGGAUCGCUGUUCGUCUUCAGACGCGGUUUCACUUUAUUUCACGUUUUACCAAAGACAUUUCAGGGUUUUUUUUCCUUUGUGGGACUGGGCUAAGAUUUCACCCACAGCUCUUCGAAAGAGCCAAGUCAAGCAUGUUUAUUGUUUUUUUUGCUUGUCGAUGACACGGCAAAUUCCUCAGACAAAAAUGCUGGAGACCUGUUUGUUUUCGAGAUCUCUUAUCACCCCCACCCCCCCAGUCCGACUCAGCACAGGUGGAAUCUGCGGUCUGGGCUCGGCCUCCCAGCUGCGUGUGCUUGUUCGUUUUUGUCCACUGAGCACAAUUAGCCCACCGUUGUUAUUAUUCGAGCGUGAGAGGGAGGCAGAGCGGGGAGAGUUUAUAGCUGCAGGCAGAAGAAAAGUGUGUGAAAGAGAGAGAGAGAGAGAGAUGCGAUGCAGAAGAUAAGAAUGGACGUUCUCGAGGGGAGCGGAGAAGGCCAGAGGGCUAGAAAGUCAUUUUUGACGGACUUGCAACGUAGAUUAGUGGGAACAAAGAAAGUGAGUAGAAAGAGUAGAUGGAAGGUUUUUGUUUUGUGCCAAAGAUCUGAUGAUGCUUUGAAAGGAUUUGCUGGGCUUAAAUGAGUCCCUUUGAAUUGGGAAUCCCCCCUCCCCAUCUCAUCCCAUUGGUGAAUAAAUUCACCCACCACAAUGGCUGUACCUCGCAUAUGUUUUAUUUGUGUUCAUUUUAUUGUUGUUUGAGAUGCUGGAGGCUGCUGACACAGCUUGUCCGGAGGCUCAUGGCGUGACACAUUUCUUCUGUGACUUUGGCAAAUAUGUCCCACUUUGAAAGAGCAGCGAAAAAAGUACCGGAGAAUUCAGAGAAUCGAAUGAUGCAGACGGAAAACCAUGCGGUCGUUGACCCCAAACAAAAAGAGAACACAUGUCGAAUGUUUUCAGUGGUCAGCUCGCGUGAAGGAAAAGAUCCCGGGGUACUGAGUUUAAUGAAAGACCCACUGCUUAUUAUAUUGUAUUUCAUUGCCUUUUUGUAUUGCAUUUUUAAUGUCAACUGGAUUUACAGUGAAAAACUUAUACUAUGUUAGUAUUUUUUUGGUUUUAUUACGCUUCUGUUUUUGAUUUUCCAAAAUGUAAGAAAUGUUAAUUGCUUUAUGUAUGGCAGAAGAACAAAUACUUCCUUCCUCGAAGUAUUAGAAUUUCUCUGAAAUAGACGCACUAAAAGGACGUGAAAUUGGUGUUGCAAUUUCAUUUCUCGCUGCUUUGACACGCUAAAAUGUCAGAGUAGCAUUAAAGUGUGAAGAAGAAGAAGAAGAAGAAGAAAAAAAAUCAACCUAUUUGGAAAAGGCGGAACACAAUCUAAUAUCUUUUAUUAGCCAAAGUGUGGGAGGUCCAAAAAUACUGAAAGAAAAUUAUGGAGAUGGAAAAGAUUUGAAGAUGAAAGUUUUAACUCUGCCAAACUGGAAAUAACUGGUGCAUAUUUGUUAGUUAGCAGAAUGUCUAAUCAUAGGAAAACUUGACUGGAUAUUGUUAUGACAAUAAUAAUAAAAUUAGUAUUAAUAUUUUAUUUAAGUAUUAUUUUGUUACUGCUCAUUACUUUUUUUUUUACGGUUUAUUGAUUUUGAUUUGUGGGUAAUCCUGGACUGCCGAUGUUUAUUAAGUUGCGUGCCUUUGAUAUAUUUCAUGAUUUCUUUCUUUUGUUUUUGAUAAUGAAAAUGAUUAUCUUUUUUUUUUGAACUUAUAUUUAUUUAUCAAGCCAUUUUAGACGGUGUGUUGAGAUUCAAACACGCUGCAUUCAAAAAGCCUCAUCGAGAGUGGGUUCAUCUCAAUCAGAGAACCGCGUAAAAUGUCACGAUUUUCUGGAAUUCUGUAAAACGUCUUAAUUCAUCAUUCAGGUCAACACAAUGCCCUUGUAGUACUGUAUUAAUCCAAAUAAAAGGAUCUCGAAACCUUCCGUGGU